CAUUUUCGACCUAAGUUCAUUUUCAGUUUCAGUUUGAAUUCGUUGGAUUUCAAUUUCAAAUUGGCAAGGAGAAAAAGAAAAAAAAUUGAUGAGAAUGGGGAAAAAAUUGAGGGAGCCGAACCCAGAAGACGAACUGGGCAAACACAGUCAUAUCAUCAGGAUCAGUGACUGUGAUAUAAACCAGAAUCGAUUAGCUUCCAUGAAGAGACGGACCUUGGAAUCACCGCGAUUAUUGAACAAUUCCUCCGGCAGAAGCUCCUGCUCCAUCUUCAGAGUCCCUCAGAGGUUCAUUGAGAUGAACGGACGAGUCUACGAACCCAACGUCGUCUCCAUCGGCCCUUACCACCGUGGGAAGCCUCACCUGCGGAUGAUCGAAGAGCACAAGUGGCGGUUUCUUGGCUCUCUCCUCUCUCGCACCCAAUCCAAAGGUCUCACCUUGGAAGACUACGUGAGAGACGCAAAGCGGUUAGAACCAAAGGCGCGAGAGUGUUACUCAGAGACCAUUUCCCUUGACUCCGAUGAAUUUGCAGAGAUGGUGGUCCUCGACAGCUGCUUCAUCAUCGAGAUCUGUCGUAUCGUUGGGAAAUUGGUUCCUGCUGACCCAGAUGAUCCAAUCUUGUCCACGUUUUGGCUCUUCACUUUUCUCCUCAGGGACUUCCUCAGGUUUGAGAAUCAACUGCCCUUCUUUGUUCUCCAAUCCUUAUUUGAUCUAUCCAAAAUGCCCGAAGAAGAAGAAGAAUACAAAACAGGUGGUGGUCACUCUCCUUCCUUGGCCAUGCUAGCUUUGUUAUUCUUCAAUCAUGCUACUCUGGACAGACCCCAUGAAGUGAUCGAGAGAUUCCGAAACUACCAACCAAAGCAUCUACUGGACUUGCUUCGAUCCACCUACACAGAGUUGGCUCAAGAAGAACCACGAAAAGGUAAACCCACAACCCAUGUGAUUGAAACUGUCACAAAGCUCCGUCUCGCAGGGAUCAGCUUCAAGGAGAGGAAAUCCUCCGACAAUUUCCUAGACGUGAACUUCAGAAAUGGAGUUCUGGAAAUGCCGGCCAUAACCAUCGAUGACUUCACGAGCUCCUUCUUCGCCAAUUGCGUAGCUUUCGAACAAUGUCACAAACACUGCUCCAAUCAAAUCACCUCUUACGCUACUCUAUUGGAUUGCCUCAUCAACACCUACAAGGAUGUCGAGUUUCUCUGUGAUGCAAAGAUCAUAGAGAAUUACUUUGGGACGGAAGGAGAAGUGGCUCGGUUCUUCAAUAAUUUGGGAAAAGAAACGGCCUUCGACGUCGAGAAGUCUUAUCUUUCCAAUUUGUUUGGUGAAGUGAACGAUUACUACAGGAAUGGGUGGCAUGUACAGUGGGCGAGCUUCAAGUACACUUACUUUGACACACCAUGGUCCUUCAUUUCAGCUGUGGCUGCUGUGAUCCUCCUCGUCCUCACCGUGAUCCAGACCUUUUAUUCUGCUUAUCCUUAUGUCUUCGAACCUAAGAAGCAAGGCAAUUGAUUAUCUGAAAUAAGAGUUAGUUCGA